GAACUGCAGUCUUUUUUGCUGCAUCAACUGAAAGAAUGAAGACCAUUCUCAGCAACCAGACUGUCGACAUUCCAGAAAAUGUCGACAUCACUCUGAAGGGACACACAGUUAUUGUGAAGGGCCCCAGAGGAACCCUGCGAAGGGACUUCAAUCACAUCAAUGUAGAGCUCAGUCUCCUUGGAAAGAAAAAGAAGAGGCUCCGGGUUGACAAAUGGUGGGGAAAUAGAAAGGAACUGGCUACCGUUCGCACUAUCUGUAGUCACGUACAGAACAUGAUCAAGGGUGUUACACUGGGCUUCCGUUACAAGAUGAGGUCUGUCUAUGCUCACUUCCCCAUCAACAUCGUUAUCCAGGAGAAUGGUUCUCUUGUUGAAAUCCGAAAUUUCUUGGGUGAAAAGUACAUCCGCAGGGUUCGAAUGAGGCCAGGUGUUGCUUGUUCAGUAUCUCAAGCCCAGAAAGAUGAGUUGAUUCUUGAGGGAAAUGAUUUUGAACUUGUAUCAAAUUCAGCUGCUUUGAUUCAGCAAGCCACAACAGUUAAAAAUAAGGAUAUCAGAAAAUUUUUGGAUGGUAUCUAUGUUUCUGAAAAAGGAACAGUUCAGCAGGCUGAUGAAUAAAUAAUAUCUAAGUUGUGCAGCUACAGAAACAGCAAGAUGCCGGAUGAUUCCUUAUACUUAUUUGUGGUAGUUUAAAAAAUAAUAAAAGCCUUAUUGAUUUGGGA